AUGCAAAGAAGGCAAAUUCGGUUACAGAAGGAACAACAACCGAGCAAAAAAAGGAAAUUCAAGCUUCCGAAACUUGAAUUGAGGAAAUUUAGUGGAGAACCGAAAGUCUUUCUUGCUUUUUGGUCCCAGUUUGAGAAAAUUCACAACUACCUCUCCAUUGUCGAUGAAGAUAAAUUUCAAUAUCUUUUACAAUGUGUGGUAGCAGAUUCUAAAGCGACAAGACUCGUAACCAGUUUUCCGCCAACUAAAGAAAACUAUUCAAAGGUGAUCGCACAACUUAAAGAACGCUUCGGGAGAGAUGAACUUUUGGUUCAGAUUUAUGUACGGGAUCUACUUUCCAUAGUAAUGAAAAAUGCUACUGAUAGGAUUAAAGUAGAUUUAGCUGAACUUUAUGAUUUACUUCAGAGCAAGCUUAUGGCACUGGACAGCCUCGGUAGAACUAAGGAAAAAUUCGCAGAAGCAGAAUUUUUAGAGCCACUUGUUGAGUCCUGUUUACCAGAGACUGUUCUUCGUGCGUGGGAAAAAGAAGCCGCUCGAUGGAAGAUACUGCGUCACAGCAAGAUAGUGCGCGUUCGUUGA